AUGUCACCGUACCUCUUCCCUGACCUUUCUGCCUUUCCCACAGUUGCUGACCUCAUUACGCACCUCCGCACUAGUGACACUCGCUACCGCGCUGCGCUUAAUGCUGAGUUCUGCGCCAAGAGCCCCCCCCCCAUGUACAUCACCCUCUACUACAUAGUCACCCGGCUCCCUGACUCUCUCCGCGUAGUCAGGGACCACAUCCUCUCAGUUUGCCCCACCACUCUCACCGUUGACCUCCUCGAGAAGGCCCUCCUAGCAGCAGAGAAGAGUAUAGUCGCUGUAGGAGCCUCUUGUGGUGACCCUCGCACCCCCGUCUUUGAGGGGUGUUCUCCCUCCCCCCUCUUGCCCUCUGUUGCCUCUGCUGCUACGGCCGACCUCGUUGGUUUCGAUUCGGUUGGCCCUGCGUCUGCCCCGAGCGGGAGACGCCGCACCGGCAAGGGCAAGGGGGGCAAGGGCGCUGGAGGGGCUGGCGGGGGCAGUGGAGGUGGUGGUGGAGGCAGUGGAGGGAGUGGGGGUGGUGGUGGGAGUGGUGCCGGGGGUGGCGGCGGCGGCGGCAGCAGUGGAGGCAGCGGAGGCGGCGGUGGUGGCGGAGGGAGCGGAGGCGGCGGAGGUGGCGGAGGAGGCGGAGGUGGAGGAGGCGGCGGAGGCGACGGCGGCGGCGACGGCGGUGGUGGAGCAUGUCGCGACUCUACGCAGAGGAGUGGCUCAGGUGGUGGUCCGCGCCAGCAGCAGCGGAGUGGUGUGACCCUGUCCCCUCAGCAUCUUCUGCGGGGGCCCGCAGUCCACCCAGCGGUGCUUCGAUCGCCUGACAGACGCGUGGCGUCGCCAGUUCCCUGA